AGUCAGUAAUACCUGGCCACUGCUUCACGUCACCAAGAUGGCGACAGAAAUGCCAAUUGAAGUAUUGAAUGUACCUACCCCGUCUUUUCUGGUGGAUAUAGACAAGUUAGAACGGAAUGCAAGGGCGAUGCAAGACAGAUGUAAACACCUUGGAAUACAAUUACGUCCCCACACAAAGACUCAUAAAACGAUCGAAGCUGCCGAUAUUCUGUGUGGUGGACAAAAGAGGUGUAUUGCCGUGUCUACUUUGGCGGAGGCAGAUUUGUAUUCUGAUAAUGGUUUCGAUGACAUCCUUUUCGCCUUCGUAAUAACAGAAAACAAAAUAGUCAGAUGUCGUCAGCUUCAUAACAAGAUCGGAGCAUUCCACGUGAUGCUCGACAGUAAGGUUGGGUACGAAGCCCUGGAAAAAUCGCCAACAGGAAACGGCAAACCAUGGAGUGUUUACAUUGAAAUCGAUGUUAAAUAUCACCGAACUGGCGUGUCUUGGCAAAGUGACGAUAUUGUGAACCUGGCAUCACUUAUAUCCGGUAACAAUGGAAUGACGUUUCGGGGUCUCUAUUGUCACAAUGGUGAUACAUACAAUUAUAUUGGUAGUGAAGCGAUCAAAGAGGCAGGACGAGAGAGUACGGAAAUACUGAUGAAAGUUAAACAAAGGCUACUGCAGCACAGUAUCAACUGUGGUGUUGUCUGCAUGGGAUCCACGCCUAGCUGCUCUCAUCCAGACGAAUCUAUGUCGUUGCUUGAAGAGUUUUCACCUGGCAAUUACGUAUUUUAUGAUGUUAUGCAGAAGAACAUUGGUUCAUGUUCUAUGGAUGAUAUUGCUGGACGAGUUGCAACAAGGGUUAUCAGUCAAAAUGUUGACCAUAACAUUUUGAUAAUCGACUGCGGGUUUCUCGCCAUAAGUAAAGAUGGAAUGGAGAAUAAUUUACCAAAGAGUCCGUGGAUCAUACAAGAUAAUCCCAACCUCCGGCUUGUUGGUAUGAGCCAAGAACUUGGAAAAGUAACGACGGUUGAGGGGAAAGUUGAUUUCGCUAAAUAUCCAAUUGGAACAAUGUUAUUUAUCUAUCCAUAUCACUCCUGUGCUACUGCUGCUAUGCAUCCGGUUUAUUAUGUUCACUCCGGAGACAAGAUUAUGGCAAUGUGGAGGCCAAUCCGUGGAUGGUGA